AUGGUAACAGAGGAGAGCUGUGGCGGUGGGAGGAGGAAGAGGAUGGAUGUGUUGCUGCGGGCGUGCACCAAGCUGCUCCUCCUGUCCCUGCUCUGCGCCACCGUCCUCGGCCAAAGGAGCAAACAUAACCGCUGUGUGCUUGCCCGGGCGAAGAGCUGCACCGAGUGCAUCCGAGUGGAUAAGGACUGCUCCUUCUGCACCGACGAGAGCUUUGAAGAGCCUCGCUGUGACUUGCGGGAGAAUUUGCUGCGGUACGGCUGUGGGGAGGCCAGCAUCGUGUACACCAGGGGCGAGAUGCGGACCCAGCAGAAUUUCAGUAUCAACACAUCCCUGCAGAGGACCCAGGUGUCCCCCCAGGGUAUGUUCAUGCGGCUGCGAGCUGGGGAGGAGAUGAGCUUCAACAUGGAUGUCUUCCAGCCCUUGGAGAGCCCUGUGGAUCUCUACAUCCUCAUGGACUUCUCCUACUCUAUGUCUGAUGAUCUGGACAAUCUCAAAAGCAUGGGCCAAAACCUAGCGGAGUUCCUGCAAGCCCUGACCUCCAAUUACACCAUCGGAUUUGGCAAGUUUGUGGACAAAGUCUCAUCCCCUCAGACAGACAUGAGACCUGAGAAGCUGCGUGAGCCCUGGAACAACGCCGACUCCCCCUUCUCCUUCAAGAACGUCAUCCGCCUCACCAGCAACAUCAACUACUUCAGCCAGGAGCUCAGGAAGGAGCGCAUCUCCGGCAACCUGGAUGCCCCCGAGGGUGGCUUUGAUGCCAUCCUGCAGACAGCUGUUUGCAAGGAUAAGAUCGGCUGGAGGAAGGACAGCACUCACCUGCUCGUGUUCUCUACCGAAUCUGCCUUUCACUAUGAAGCUGAUGGUACCAACGUCCUGGCAGGGAUCCUGGCGAGAAAUGAUGAGCAGUGUCACCUAGACACCAGUGGCACCUACGUGUAUGACACCAAGCAGGACUAUCCUUCGGUGCCAACCCUGGUGCGCCUGUUGGGCCAACACAACAUCAUCCCCAUCUUUGCUGUCACCAACCACUCCUACAGCUACUAUGAGAAGCUGCACAAGUAUUUCCCCAUCUCUGAGAUCGGGGUGCUCCAGGAGGACUCUUCCAACAUCGUGGAGCUGCUCCGCACAGCCUUUGAGCGCAUCCGCUCCAAGAUGGACAUCCGGGCUGACUUUGUCCCUAAAGCCAUGAAGACAGAGUUCACUUCCUCGAUGUAUGAAAAGACAGAGUCUGGCUCCUUCCACAUCACCCGUGGGGAAGUGGGCAAGUUCAACGUCCGUGUGAAGGCUCUUGAGUACGUUGGCGGGCAGCACGUCUGCAGCCUCCCUGAGAAAGACCGGCGGGGAGUUAUCCACGUGAAACCCACGUCCCUGAGCGACAACCUCAAAGUCACAGCCUCUGUAAUCUGUGAUGUGUGUCCUUGUGAACAGCAACAAGAGUUUAACUCGCCCAAGUGCAGCUUCCACGGGAACUUCGUUUGCGGACAGUGCAUCUGUCACCCGGGCUGGCGAGGGGACAUGUGCGACUGCUCCCCGGCAUCGUCUCCCAACAACGAAGCCUGCAUCCGUCCCGGGGAUGUGGAGCCGUGCUCGGGCCGGGGCGAGUGCCUGUGUGGGAAGUGCCAGUGCUACUCCGAGGACCUGACGCAGCGCUUUGACGGGGCGUUCUGCCAGUACGAUGUCCUGCAAUGCCCACGCCCCUCCGGCUUCCUCUGUAAUUCCUCCUCUCGCAUCGCAGAUCGCGGUCGCUGCUCCAAGGGCGCGUGUGUGUGCGGUGUGUGCGAGAGUGGCUGGGAGGGUCCGGGCUGCGAAUGUCCCACGAGCAACGACACCUGCAUCGACAGCCGAGGGGGCAUUUGCAAUAACCAUGGGAGGUGCGAAUGUGGCAGAUGCAUCUGUGACAAGGCUUCGCUGUACACCAGCUCCACCUGCGAAAUCAGCUACUCCCUGGGCUUCCAGGCUGUGUGCGAGAGCAUCCGGGACUGCGUUCGCUGCCAGGCCUGGGGGACGGGCAACACGAAAGGGAACUGCAGCACCUGCCACCUCCAGAUCCAGAUGGUGGAAGAGCUGAACAAAGAGGAGGCCAGCGAGUACUGCUCCUUCCAGGACGAGGAGGAUGAUUGCACGUACCACUACACCCUGGAGGGAGAUCCCACCGUCCUCCCCAACACCACUGUCAACGUGCAGAAGAAAAAAGACUGCCCGCCGGGGAGCUUCCUCUGGCUCAUCCCGCUGCUCAUCUUCCUCAUCCUGCUCCUGGGGCUGCUGCUGCUGCUCUGCUGGAAGUUCUGCGCCUGCUGCAAGGCUUGCCUGGCCCUGCUUCCCUGCUGCGCACGAGGUCGCACUGUUGGCUUCAAGGAGGACCACUACAUGCUUCGGCACAGCCUCAUGUCCUCCGACCACCUGGACACCCCCAUGGUCCGCAGCGGGUCCCUCAAGGGUCGGGACACAGUUCGCUGGAAGAUCAACAACAACGUUCACAAGCAGGGCUUCACCUCCCUCGCUGCCACCAACCCCAAAGAUCUCAUUCCCUACGGGCUAUCUCUGAGGCUGACUCGGCUUUUCACGCAGAACCUGGUGAAGCCGGACAGCCGGGAGUGCGAGCAGCUGCGCAAGGAAGUGGAGGAAAAUCUGAAUGACGUUUUCAAACACAUCCCUGGUUGCCACAAGCUCCAGCAGACCAAGUUCAGGUUACAGCCCAAUUCUGGGAAAAGGCAGGACCACACCAUUGUGGACACAGUGCUCACUGCCCCUCGCUCAGCCAAGCCAGAGAUCAUCAAAGUGAUGGAAAAGCACGUUUCCCAUGAGGCUUUCAACGACCUCAAGGUUUCACCGGGUUAUUACACUGUGACCUCAGAUCAAGAUGCUCAUGGGAUGGUGGAGUUCCAAGAGGCUGUGGAGCUCGUGGAUGUCCGUGUCCCACUCUUCAUCAGGGACGACGAUGAUGAUGAGAAGCAGCUGCAGGUGGAGGCCAUUGAUGUCCCCACCGGCAUCGCAGAGAUUGGACGCAGGCUUGUCAACAUCACCAUCAUCAAAGAACAAGCCAGCAGCCUCAUCACCUUCUUGCAGCCAGCCUAUUCCCACAGCCGCUUCGAUAAGCUGGCCAAGAUCCCUGUCCUCCGGGAGAUCAUAGACAACGGGAAAUCCCAAGUCACCUACAGGACCCGGGAUCUGACCGCCAAGAACGGCAGGGACUACAUCUUCACAGAGGGUGACCUGGUCUUCCAGCCCGGGGAGACCCGAAAGGAGGUGCAGGUGCCCUUGCUGGAGCUGACCGAAAUAGAUACCCUCCUACACAACUGCCAGCUCAAGCAGUUCGCCAUUGACCUCCUCCAUCCCAAGUACGGUGCCAAGAUCGGCCGAUACCCCCAGACCACGGUGACCAUCGCCGACCCAGAGGUGGUGGACGGUGUCCCCUCGAUGACCGGCCUGAGCCAGGUCUCCCAGUCCCCCAAAGGCCGCCUGAGUGCACCGCUUAAUCCCAAUGCCCACGCUCUCAGCUCCAGAGAAAUCCGCUUCAGUUGGUUUCCUCCGCCGGGAAAACCCCUGGGGUACAAGGUGAAAUACUGGAUCCAAGGAGACCCCGAGUCAGAAGCCCAUCUCAUCGAUGUCAAAGCACCAUCAGCAGAGCUGAGUAACCUCUACCCCUUCUGCGACUACGAGAUGCAAGUCUGUGCCUACAACGCCAUGGGUGAAGGGGCUUACUCCGACAUCAUCCACUGCCGCACGCUUGAGGAUGUCCCCAGCGAGCCCGGCCGCUUGGCUUUCAACGUCGUGUCUUCCACCGUGACACAGCUGAGCUGGGCUGAGCCUGCAGAAACCAAUGGGGAGAUCACGGCUUACGAAGUCAGUUACGGACUCGUCAACGAGGACAACGUACCCAUUGGCCCGAUGAAGAAGGUGCUGGUCGAAGACCCAAAGAAGCGCAUGGUGCUGAUAGAAAACCUGCGGGAGUCCCAGCCCUACCGCUACAUGGUGAAAGCCAGAAAUGGAGCUGGCUGGGGACCCGAGAGAGAAGCAACCAUCAACCUUGCUACGCAGCCCAAGCGCCCGAUGUCCAUCCCUAUCAUCCCUGACGUCCCCAUCAUUGAUGCAGAGGGAGGCGAGGACUACGACAGCUACCUGAUGUACAGCGCAGAUGUCCUUCGCUCUCCAGCUGGCAGCAAGCGUCCCAGUGUCUCUGACGAUUCAGGCUCCAGGUGGAAAUAUGUGCAGUUGCUGGGAGAAGACUUGGAUCUUCGCCGCAUCACCUGGAGGCUCCCACCCGAAACCAUUCCCCGCCUCUCUGGCAGCAGCCGCUUCUCCUCGGACACCGAGGGUCUCCUCCACGAGGAGGACAGCGACAUGGCUACUGGCAGCCUGAGGAGGAGUGGGACACCCCGUCCCCAAGCAGAGCACUUGCUGAAUGGCCGGGUGGACUUCUCCUUCCCUGGCAGUGGCAGCGGCACGCUGACCAGGACCACAAACACCAGUUACCACAUGCAGCAGGAGCACAGGGUGAUGGGGAGCUCCUCGCUGACGAGAGACCACUCCAUGAUGCUGGUGGGGCACGACUCCAGGCUGCCGCUGGGCAUCCCCGACACCCCCACACGCCUGGUGUUUUCCGCCCUGGGACCCACCUCCCUGAAGGUGAGCUGGCAGGAGCCGCACUGCGAGAAGGAGGUGCAGGGCUACAGCGUGCAGUACCAGCUCCUCAAUGGAGGAGAGGUGCACCGACUCACCAUCCCCAACCCCAGCCAGAACUCAGUGGUGGUAGAGGACCUGCUGCCCAAUCACUCCUACAUCUUCAAGGUGAAGGCGCAGAGUGAGGAAGGCUGGGGUCCCGAGAGGGAAGGAGUCAUCACCAUAGAGUCCCAGGUGGACCCGCAGAGCCCGCUCAGCCCCGUACCAGGUUCACCCUUCACGCUGAGCACACCCAGCGCUCCCGGGCCACUUGUUUUCACUGCCCUCAGCCCUGACUCCCUGCAGCUCAGCUGGGAGAGACCCCGUAAGCCCAAUGGGUCCAUCUUGGGCUACAUGGUCACCUGUGAGAUGCUGCACGGAGGAGGGGAGCCCAGGAAUAUCUAUGUCGAAGGAGACAAUCCGGAAACGACCCUGACUGUGCCCCACCUAAGUGAGAAUGUCCCAUACAAGUUCAAAGUGCAAGCCAAGACCACCCAAGGCUUUGGGCCAGAGAGAGAGGGCAUCAUCACCAUCGAAUCUCAGGAUGGAGGCACUUUCUCCCAGUUCGGAGGACAGCAGUACAUGAGAGAAGAAGUGUACAACUUCCCCACCGAAUACACCACCAAAACCAGCAUCAGCCAUUCCUCUCUGGAUCCCCACUUCACAGACGGCAUGCUCAUGACGACCCAACGAGUGGAGAGUGCCAGCAGCACCCUCACCAAACAGGUCACCAAAGAGUUUAUGAGCCGGACCGUGAUGUCCAGUGGGACCCUCACCAAACAGAUGGAGAGGCAGUUCUACGAGGCCUGA